AUGCCUAUCCAAGAGAAGGUGACAAUGAUGACCGAGAGACUCAAGGCCGAUUUCUCCAAGAAUGAAACCAAGAUCCAUAGGUUUCCACAAGGGCUACGCAUCGGCUGCCAAGCUGACCGAUACAUCGCCCCUAGUGUCGUUGCCCUUGGUCCAUACCACCAUGGGCAACCCCAACUGCAACAGAUGGAGGAGGUGAAGCACGCGGCAGCCCACUACCUGUGCAACAAGUCCGGGCACCCAAUUGAGGAAGUCUACAGCAAGAUCCUCUCGUUUGUCGGUGAGGCCCGAAGCUGCUACACCGACGACCCGGUCGCAAAAUUCAGCGAUGCUGACUUUGCGGUAAUGAUGUUCCUCGAUGGCUGCUUCCUGCUAUACUACAUAUCUACGGAUGUGGAGAAGGAAUGCACUCUGUUGGCAAACCGGGUGUGUCUCUCCACAGGGCCAUGUCUUCUCAGGGACAUAUUCCUUCUGGAAAACCAGCUCCCUUGGCUGGUGCUCCACGUUCUCAUGACCUUUUUUACCUAUGUUGCUCCCCUAGUGCCCCCAUUUAUUGAAGACAUGGCGUCGUAUUUCAACAUCAGCUCGCAUUCAGAGAAGACAAAGCCUCCUGUCACCCUCGAGGGGCCGCACAAGCCGCCACAUCUCCUUGGACUCCUCCAUCACUAUGAGGUAGGCAGCCCGGAGCCUGGCAAAGUGGAGGAGAACUUUGGUGACGAAUACCCUUCGCCUACUAGUGCGAUCGAGCUUGCGGAAAUCGGCAUCAAGCUGACGGGCGCCAGCAACAAGGCAUGGCUGGUGAACAUGAGCCACCGAAGACGUGUCUUCGGUCAGCUCUCCCUGAGGCCACUGUUCCUGAACGACAUCACUGCUUGCUGGCUCGUCAACAUGGCAGCGUUCGAGACGUGCACGUCCACCAGCUAUCCUAAAGAUGGCUUCGUUGUCUGCUCGUACCUCUGCAUCCUUGGAAUGCUCGUCGACAAGGAGGAUGACGUGCAUGAGCUGCGAGCUAAGCAUAUCGUGCGCAGCCUCUUCAGCAACAAGGAGCUGCUGGUCUUCCUCAAGGGCCUCGCUCAUCACCUGCGCCCUGGCCACCACUACUUCGUCAUCUUGUCGAAGAUUGGGGUGUACAAGCGUCACAGGAGCGUGCGCAUCCUGGUGUACAAGUUCUUCUACAACCACUACAAGACCAUCGUUGCCUUGAUCUCUCUUGUUAGUGUGCUCGUGGGCAUCUUCCAAACCCUUGCAAGUCUCAAACAACCAGCUCAGCCAAAAUAG